AGUCAAGCAAUCGUGAACAUACUAGGUUCGACCGAAUAUCGAAUGGUUUUCACCCUCUUCUAGUCUAGAUUCAGCGUCCAGGUGCAGUGAUGCUUUGAUAAGCUAAGAAUUGCGCUCCGGAUGAAAGAUAAAAUGCUUGCUUUGGAAUACCGUCUCGCGAAGGAGCCAAAAGGUUCGCUUUUCGUCGGAUAGAGCCGGAUCUCGUGUGCUUACCUGGUAGGUAGGUAGAUAAAAGGUAGUAUCUUAGCUUAAUGCCACUUUGCUAUGUGUUAGGUUAGGUAGGUAGUUUUGUAAGGAUGUAUUUUUCUUCCUCGUCGACUCGUCUUACUCUUUUUCCGAUAAGCCCAUUCUCAUCAACUUGCCCAAAUUGAUGUGUAUAAAUUCUAAAAAGCAAAGCGACACGUUACCUUUAACGUUUCCUGAUUCAAAGAAGUGAUGGAGGAAGCAGCUGUAAAAAGCGAUGGCUUGUUCAUUCCGCUUAUCGACUUUUCCCAAUUCCUGAACGGUAACCCGGAACAGAGGAAGCAGACUGCCGAUGCGAUUCUCCGCGGGUUUCAAACAUCCGGAUUCGUCUAUCUGAAGGGCCUGCCCGUCAAGCCGGAGUACAGGAAGCACGUGUUUGAUACGUCGGCCAAAUACUUCAGGCUUCCCGUCGAGACCAAGAUGUCUCACUGCUGGACUACACCCGAGGCGAACCGGGGUUACUCGGCGCCGGGCAGAGAGAAGAACACGGAUCUGACGGACAUGGACGCCGUCAAGAAGUUGAGGGAUGCGGUACCUGACUUAAAGGAAAGUCUAGAAAUCGGGCGUGACGACGAGCCCGGCCACCCAAACCAUUGGCCCGAGGAAGAGGGCGAGCUGGUAGGCUUCAGGGAGACAAUGCUCGACUUCCAUAAAAAGUGCAAAGAAUUGCACAUCGAAGUUAUGCGCGCCAUCGCCGUGGGCCUGGGUAUCGAAGAAUCAUGGUUCGACAAGUACACGGACGUCGGAGAUAAUACCUUGAGGCUUCUUCACUACCCCGAAGUCAAGAGAGACGUGUUCAAAAUUAAUCCGGGGCAGGUCAGGACCGGCGCGCACAGCGAUUACGGUUCUAUCACUUUGCUAUUCCAAGAUUCCCAGGGCGGUCUGCAGGUGCAGAGUCCGACGGGUGCCUUUGUCGACGCGGAGCCCAUCGAGGACACCUGCGUGGUAAACGCUGGCGAUUUGCUAGCGAGGUGGAGCAACGACAAUAUCAAGAGCACCAUUCAUCGCGUCGUAGAACCCCCGUCCCGUCGAGACGACGUCUAUCCGGCCAGAUAUAGUAUAGCAUACUUCUGCAAUCCCAAUUUCAAGGACUACAUCGAGGCCAUCCCUAACACUUACGCUACCGAGCAGGACAAAAAAUACGAGGGAAUAAAUAGCGGCCAAUAUCUCGUCCAGAGGUUGGCGGCUACUUAUUAGAUAUCGUGAUUCGAUCGGAAGUUUCCAAGGUGAUAUCUCGUGCAGUGCUUCGUCUGACAGUCGUGGGCGUAGGAUAUUGGAUCGUAGGACAUUUCUUUAUUCGGCAAUGGGUCCUAUGUGUAGCUUAUCUGGAGGCUUCGAAUUGGACGAACCAAUUUAUGAUUUUGAAGGUUACGACUUGAAACUUUGGGUUCCGUGAUGCGCAUGUGAUUAAAGCAAACGCAACAUUUUGAAGUCUGGAUUUUAAGAGGUCAAUCUGGACGAUAUGCUGGGGAACUGAUAAGCGAAAAGGCCCCCUAUUA